AUGGUGAUUCAGCAACCCAACUCACAAAUCAAAUUGACCAAUGUCUCGGUGGUACGGUUAAGGAAAGGUGGCAAGCGCUUUGAGCUGGCCUGUUACAAGAACAAAGUUAUGGAGUGGCGCAACAAUGUGGAAACCGACCUCGAUGAAGUAUUACAAAUCCACAGUGUAUUCAUGAACGUAUCCAAAGGCCAAGUAGCGAGCAAGGAUGAUUUACAAAAGUGCUUCAAGACCGAUGAUCUCGAUAGUGUUAUUCAGCAGAUCUUGAAAAAGGGUGAACUCCAAGUGGCAGAGAAGGAACGCACAAACCAAUUGGAAAGCAUGUGGAGAGAUAUUGCAACCAUCGUCACUGACAACUGCGUCAAUCCACAAAACCAACGACCUUAUACGGUGACCAUGAUUGAAAAGGCCAUGCAAGAUCUUCACUUGAGUGUCAACCCCAAACGCAGCAGCAAAUCACAAGCACUCGAUGUCAUUAAGCAACUCCAGGAAAAGCAGAUUUUACCCAUUCAACGAGCCCAAAUGCGUAUUCGUCUCACACUCCCUCAAACCAAGGAAGCCAAAAAGUUGCGUGAAAAGUUACAUCCCAUGAUGACAUCCAUUGAAGAUGAAGACUUUGAUGCUGGCGAAUAUGAAUUGAUUGCAUUGGUGGAUCCUGGCAAAUACCGACAGAUCAAUGAAUUGAGAUGA